AUGGAGCUGCCGAAUGGUGCAGACCCCGUCGGGGAUGCAGAUCUGUCGUCUGCAAUGCCUGUGUCUUCGCCUUCGACAAAGGGAGAAUUCUGGCUGGCAGAUUCGAGAUGUACGGACACCUUGUUUGCGCCACUUCAGGAUCCGCAGUGUUUCGCACAAGUUCUGUCGGCGUGCCUGAGCCUCGGAGUCCUCGUCGGCGGCAGUCUCGUCAAGCUUCCGCAACUCCUCAAGAUCAUCAGAGCCCGAGGGGUCGAGGGCCUGGCGGAGCUGUCGGUUUACGUCGAAGCCAUCAGCGCCGCCAUUUUUGUGGUGUAUAACGUCCUUGAGCAACACCCGUUCACAACCUGGGGCGAGAUGCUCUUCGUCUUUUUCGUCUCGCGCCUGCCGCAAAUCAAGCAGAACUGGUCGCAGAAGCACACAGGGCAGCUCUCGGCGAUAACCGGCGGCUUGAUGCUCUGUGGGAACCUCGCGCGCCUCUUCACCUCUCUCGUCUCCCUGUCGGAUCGAUUCGUGACGAUGUCCUGCACGCUUGCCACGAUUCUGAACGCCAUCCCGCUCUUCCAGGUGAGUGCGCAGGCCCCUCUGAAAAAGAAAACUCGGCGGCCCCCACUCCACCCCUCUUCCCUCGUUGCAUCGCCCUGCGACUUUCAGCGGACAAAAUUGAAGUGCGAGAGUUUCGUUCACCCUUAA